CUGAGUCUGAUGAAAGUCACUCUGAUCUGGCCUGGUCCGAGUUUGGAUAUUUUACUGUUAGACAGGAGGAAUUAUGGAAGAGCACUGCAUACUGGUACAUAUAUCUUGGUAUUAUGCUUCUGACUGAUGGUAUGUGAUGUAUAGUGCAGUGUAUGAAAUCCAAGUCCCCAUCAUGUGCUCCACUGACUAAUUUUCAGUGCAUGUAGUCCCUGUGAACCUUCAUGUUUUGAUAUAGUCCCUCUUAUAGCUACAUGUGCACCAGGAUGACUCAAAGACCAGCAUCUUCUGUCUGCAUUCUGAUUGGCUUAAAGCAGGAAGUCAGAGUGGUGGAAAAAUCCAGUCUUAAACAAAGACAGGUCUAUUUUAAGAGAUGAGUAAUGGGGGUGGAGUGUCACUGGUGCACACAAAAUCAUGCAGCCUCUCAGAAGAUGCUCUGGCUUUGCUGGAAAGUCUUCCAGGCUUGUUUCGUAGAACAGAUGGGAAAUUUUUAAGUGAGUAUGUUUUUCGAGAACAAUCACAUGCUCUGACUGUGUUACAUGGCCUCAAUGAACAGAGGAAAUCAAAUACGCUUUGUGAUGUCAUAAUCUGUGUGGAGGGGGAAAAAUUUGCCUGCCACAGGAACAUUCUGGCUGCUUGCAGUCCAUAUUUUUUGGCAAUGUUUACAGGGGAAAUGAAGGAGAGUAGAGAGAAGGAGAUAAAAAUAGAUGGCAUGUCUCCUGACAUAAUGAAACAGCUAGUGGACUUUGCCUAUACAGCAGAUAUCUCAAUUACACAGGAAAAUGCCCAACAACUUCUGUCUGCUGCCAAUCUGGUACAAAUCCACACCAUAAUACAAGCUUGUUGCAACUUUCUGGAAGGUGAAAUGGACCCCAGCAACUGUCUGGGGAUCCACUGCUUUGCUGAGGCACAUGUCUGCGAUGAACUGAGUGACAAAGCUAGACAGUACGUCAUCCAACAUUUUACCCAAGUGGCCAGACAGGAAGAGAUUUUGCUGCUUCCAAAAGAAAAACUCAUCGAAUUCAUCAGCCAGAAUGACCUGAACGUUGGUUCAGAGGAAGUGGUGUUUGAUGCCAUACUGAGAUGGGUGAAACAUGACCCCAAGCACAGGAUUCCACAGCUAGCAGACGUCCUACAGUAUGUCCGUCUGCCACUGGUCAGUCCUUACUAUCUCUUUGACAAAGUGGACUCUGAGCAUCUUCUGAUGACAGCACCAGGCUGCAGACCUUUCCUGGAUGAAGCCAUGAAGUAUCAUAUCCUUAAGGACAGAAGAAUGGAAAUGCUGUCACCAAGAAUGAUACCCAGACAAUGUAUGGCUGUUGAGACAGUGGUGUACAUUACUGGGGGUGAAAUCUACAACAAGAACUAUCUGAACUGUGUGGAAGGAUACAAUCUGGAGGGCGGCACUUGGGUCAAGUUGAAGGACUUGCCGUUUUCUCGUUGUCAUCACUGUGCUGUUGUUUCAGAGGAUAUGCACAUGUACAUUGCUGGAGGGUACAACAAAGAAAAUGUGGUGGUGAACAAUGUGAUGAGGUAUGAGAGAUACCUGGACAAAUGGAUCAAGGUAGCCUCAAUGAACACACCAAGAGCAAAGCUAGGAAUGGCCACCUUAGAUGGCUACAUUUAUGCCAUAGGAGGAUAUGAUGGGACCUCCAAUUUGUGCUCUGUGGAGAAAUACUGCCCACAGACCAACCGAUGGACUUGCGUCUCGCAACUAUCACAACCUGUGGCAAGAAUCGUGGCUACUUCUCUCAAUGGGUAUCUGUAUGCUGCUGGUGGAGUAGCUGAUCCCUCGGAUCAUUGCAUGAAUACUUUUCAAAGGUACAGCCCCAUUGAUGAUUUUUGGGAGCAGCUAGCUCACAUGCCUACCCCCAGGGCACUGAGUGGUCUGGUAUCGGUCAAGGGGGUGCUGUAUGCUGUGGGAGGAAUACUAGAUAACUCCUAUGCCUCCAGAGAACUCAUGUCAUAUGACAUGGAGGGAGACACAUGGACCUUACUGCCACAGAUGAAAGAAACCAGAUAUGAUCCUGGAGUUACUACAAUGGGAAGCAAGAUCUAUGUGUUGAGUGGACAUGACGGGGAGAAUUCAUUUUUCUCCAGCAUUGAGGUGUAUGACACGGACACUAGCAGGUGGUCAGAGCUGCCCAUUCUCACUCUUCCAUAUGGGAGGUGCAGAUUUACCUGUGUCGCCAUGGAUACUAAACAAGCAUGAUAUCAAUUCUUGAUGAGGAUUUCUUAUAGGGAUAAGAAAAUAUCUCUUUGAAUCAACAAUGAUACAGUCUGAAAUAUAUAUGAGAUGAAUUUUGAGAAAUCAAAAUGGAACAUACUUUUGUACAUACAUAUGCAUGUAGUUGUAACAAGUUCCUGCUCAGAAAUAUGUUGGUAGUAGAGUGCAAGAGAUGGUGUGGAAGUCUUGAGAUGUGAAGUUUUAACUAAGACUGUGAUAUAAAUGUUUGUGACGUGUUCCUGUGAAUAUUUGUAAGAUCCUUCCAAAUGACAAAGAGCUGUGAUUUUGUGUACGUAAUAUAAGCAUCUGAGUAAGAUUUAUGAAACAAAAUGUUAAAAUUGUUUCCCGUGAAAACUUUGGUUGAAAUAUACUCUUCAACAUAUGUCAGAGACAACAUUUAACAUAUUCUAAAUGUCUUGGAUAUGUACAUAAUUUCCAUAUCUUUUAUAUUUGCUUUUUAUAUUUAUUUAUUUUUAUUUUUUUUUGGGGACGUUACCAUUUCAGUGUUAUUUUGUAUCACCAAGAUGUAAGUGCAAAUAUAUUUGUAUCGGAAAGUUAUUUGAAUAUGAGUCCAGUUUUAGCUAACAAAGAAUUUAUUUGGAUUACAUGCUUUUGGCAAUAUGACAGUGUUAUUCAUAUAUCUACAUGACUUGUAUAUAUUUAUUCAUUUAUAUUUGUGAAUUACCAAAAAUGCCCAAUCUGCUUAAUUGGUGUUCCAGGGAAUACCCAUCUGUCUGCGAUGACAUCAUUAAUCAUGUUCUAAUUAUAUGAUAUGACCCUCACCCAAGGAAUACACAUACUAAAUGUAAAUAUGAAAGUUCUACUCUCUUAAACUUAGUAAAUUCUAUGGCAUUACAAACAGGUGAAUGGACAGACACACAGUGGAUAAAGUUCAUGUGUCAAUGAAUUGGUGAUGUACAAUUGUGGCGAAUUUUGACCUUGAUCUCAAUGAAGGAAUUGACCUUUAGAAUUUACAUUGCAUUGAGAUGAAUCAAAGCGCCCCCCCCCCCCCCCCCCCCCCCCCCCCCCCCCCCCCCCCCCCCCCAAUCUUUCUUUCACAUGGAAAGAACUUUUGUACAAAACAUGCAACAUACAUAUAGAUGUAUAUAUAUAUAUAUAUACUAUUAUAGUUAUAUCUUCAUAUAUCUAGUGUUAGACUUUUUAUUCAACUCUGUAAUGUAAUGUGCAUUAACUUUGUAUUCCAUGAUUUUUGCAUUUCGAAAUCAAUGUGAAAUGGAAGCUGAUGAGGAUUUUUGUGAGAGCCUAUUGAUGGGUACUAAUGUAGUUAGUGUAAUGUCCCACAAGGUGUGCUCAUUCAGGAUGGUUGUGUUGGAAAGAGAUACAUUCCUUAAGUGAAGUGCAAUAUCAUUUACUUGUUGUGUAGGCCAUCUUGUGCAUUUGUGAUAAAUAAUAAAUGUUGUUGAAGCAA